AUGGACAAACUGGAGAAGAAGAGGAAAAGAAUCCACAUAGAGGAGCCUGAUUCUGGAGUUGCCGGUCGGACCAAACGCUGGGUUCGACAAAGGUUCCUCGGCGCAGGACAGUUCGGGCGUGUCUUCUUGGCUUGUCCGGUGAAACCAGGUUCCAAGAUGCCUCCGGUUAUGGCCGUGAAGUCUGCUAGGGUUUCGGAUUGUGCCGACUUGGUCAAAGAGAGUCGACUUCUCAAGAAGUUCAAGAACUGUCCCUUUGUCAUCGACACUUACGGCAGCGAUGUGACUAAAGAUGUCGCAGGUGAGGAGUUGUUCAACCUUUUCUUGGAGCUUGCGCAAAGAGGAACCGUAGAGGAUUGGAUUCAGAGACUCAAGAAUUUCGGGUUGCAUGAGAUGCACGUAAGGAGGUAUACAGAGUCACUAUUGAAGGGCCUCAAGUACAUUCAUGGAAAGGGUUUUGUGCACUGUGACAUCAAGCCUGCUAAUGUGUUGCUUGUGCGUCAAGGUCCUCUUGAUACUGGGUUUGGUUCUUAUGUGGCGAAAAUCGGCGAUUUGGGGCUGACAAAGAAGGCUGACAAGUACAGUGUGAUGAAUCGUUCUGAUUAUAUAUGUGGCACUGAAUUGUAUAUGUCUCCGGAAGUAUCACUUCACGGCAUUCAGGAGCCGCCGGCGGAUAUUUGGGCAUUAGGCUGCACCGUUCUGCAGAUGUUGACUGGGGUGGAGUUCUGGGAUGUGACCGAGUUAAGAGAUGGCUCUGGGGUUCCGAUUGAGAUUCCAGACAUCCCUGAUACACUAAGCAAUGAGGCAAAGGAUUUCAUGGGGAAGUGCUUCAUACUGGACCCUUUGGAGAGGUACACGGCUGAUAUGCUUUUGAAGCACCCUUUUGUGUGCAACAGUUUGCCAAUACGGAUAGUCUCAUCUCGUGGAUUAUUGGUUCCAAGAAGUCGAGUGUGCCAAGAACCUACUGCAAUUCCUCUAGUGGCUGGUGCAGUAUGA